GUGCUCACCCCCCUCGCCCUCGAACGGCGUGACAAGGGAGUAGCUGCUCUGCUCGCGCAGCGGCGGCGAUGGCUGCGAGGCGGCGAGCCCCGGGAGGCCGCGAGCCAUGAGGCACUCGGACGCCGAGAGCAGCGACGGCGUGGACGCGGGCCGCUGGCUUUCGGCGCGGUCGUCCCCGCCUGCGGCGGGACGCCCCCGCCAGUACCCGUGCCUGAGCCCCGGCUGCGACCGCCUGUUCAGCUCCAAGUUCAAGCUGGUCCGCCACUCGCUGAUCCACGGAGGCGAGCGGCCCUUCGAGUGCCCGUCGUGCGAGCGCCGCUUCCACCGCAAGGACCACCUCAAGACGCACCUGCAGAUCCACGACCCGAACAAGGCGCUCCACUCGUGCGCGCUGUGCGGCAAGAAGUACAGCUCGGUGCUGUCCUUCCGCAAGCACUCAGCGCUCCACGCGGCCGAGGCCGGGGACCCCGUGUGCCGGCUGUGCGGGGCCGCCUUCGCCAGGCGCGAAGACGUCAUGCUGCACCUCAAAGUCCACUCGGGCUCGAGGGUCGUCAAGACACCCACCGAGCGCCGCUUCAAGUGCGACCGCUGCGACCGGUCCUUCUUCACGCGCAAGGACGUCAAGCGCCACAUGGUGGUGCACACGGGCCAGCGCAACUUCGUCUGCCAGUUCUGUCCGCAGAAAUUUGGCCGCAAGGACCACUUGGUCCGGCACACCAAGAAGACCCACAGUGCCGGCGGGUCCUCCUCGGUUGCUGAGGUCCCGAAGCGGGAAGAGAACGGCCUGGCAGUUGUGCAGCAGGGCCCCAGCGGAGAGGACGCGGCCCGGCCCUGCUUCAACGAGCCCUGGCCCACGGCCUUGUUGGCCUCGUCUCCACUCCUGGACAGCGAGGCCAGGGCCAAGGUCCAGGCUGCCGCGGACGCCCCGUUCCUAGCCAUCGUGCCCCACUUCCUGCCUACCGGCUACUACGUGAGCGCGCCGCCCCCCGUGCCUCCGGCACCUGCUACCGUUGAGCUGGCGCCCCCUCUGCCCCAUUUUAGCCAAGCCUUCCAGUAGGACAGGCUCCUAAUACCCCGUGCCAAAACCGGUGCCACUCUUUGACCUCUUAGUCCAGUCUUUCCCGACGGGAGGACCUCGAGCGCCAGACGGGCUGUCGGUCUUGCGGGACGUGAGAGACGGUCGACACGCAGCUCGUUCGGCACCUCUCUGAAACAUUCAUGGGCCUUGAGGAUGCAGAUGCUGCUGCGUCUUUGAGCCAUCCGAGCCGAGACGAACGAGAAAACAAUUGUCAGCGAGGCUCGGCCAGCGUCAUCUGGUCAAUCUGCAAUAGCUCUACAUCUUUACACUGUCAUAGCCAUUUGUUGUCUUAUACCACUCAAUCACCGUCAGUGAGUUUGUGCAGCAGAGAAGUAGGUCUUGCAAACGGGCUUCAAUCUGUUCUGCGAGCCACUGAAGUUUCAGGCCUUCGAUAGCUUUCAUGUUUUAGUAUCUGAAAAAUAUCUAAACUUAAAAAUCGUGGAGAACACGAAAAAGCAUUUUUUGGAGGGAAUCAUUUUGGAAAGACGGCUUAGGUUAUAAUUAGGGUUCCUUGUUUUCGGGGUUAAUUUUUCUAGGAAUUUGGAGGCUUUCGUUUAGGGUUUUUCAGUGCACAUUUUUUUGUAUUGGAUGAAAAUGUUGCGUUUAUCGGGGCAUCUGCCAAAAAAAAAAAAAAUGGGAAAUAGCGGGCAUGGGAUUCCUCAACCCGGUGGAAACAUACGCGUGACUUGAACUCUUAGAAAAAGUCCUGGUACCGAGAAGAGAAAGAAAUGAUAUAAGUCGUGCAAAGGAAACUUCACAGACAGUUCAGUGCGGACUGUGUUCCCCUUCAAAACAAAGUUCUAGCUCAGUGGUUCUCAAAUGCGGGUCCGUGGACUCUUAGGGGUCCGUGAAGGCAUUCUAGAGGUCUGCAAAGUCCAGCCUCAUCAGUCAAACCCUGCGAUAAAAGGUGUCUUUUCUCAGAUUGAGAAAAAAAAUGUUCCAGUUUUCUGGGCGAGUAAUUUUAGUCUAUCUGUUAAAAAGAGAAGUCUACUCCACACAGCACUUAGUUAUAUUCAUUUAUUAAAUCAUCAAAAUUAACCUAUACAUUUCCCUUUUCCUCACCACAAAUGAGGUCCGCCGUCAUCUCUGCCAAUCCACAAGGGGUUCACGAAACAUGCAUGGUUGAGAACCACUGCUCUAGCUAAAGGUUUUCCUUCCCGUGCAGCUUUGGCUAUUAUUAUUCGGGGCAGCUUUGAUUCAGGGUCUUUUGCUUUUCCCCGAUUUUGACAAAACCAGCUAGGGGGUUUAUUUCCGAGGUUUAUCGGUAAAAACCACGAGCCGGGUUGAUCAAAUUUGAAAGCAACUGACGCAGCCUGAAUGGGAGCUGUCCUUGAAUGAGAAAAACCAAAGCUCCACGGGGAGAAAUCUUUAUCUGCAACUUUGAGAACAUAGCAGCGCUUCAAGACAGGGACGAGAGUAGG